AGUGACACACGUAGUACCACAGCUUGUGGACUUGACCGCCUCCAGAAAAGUCUCAAACCUCGUCGUGGGAAUUUUCUCCCCUGUCUUCAUACUGUUCUUUUUCGUUUUUUUUUUUCUUUUCUUUUUCUCCUCCCCUCCCCCCGUGACUCCAUACUCAAAAAACACAGCUUACCAAAGCUACUUCCCAAAAUGUCUUACCCUCCUCUUGAUCAGCGUCCGUUGAAGAACACCAUCUGCCUCUUUGAUGUAGAUGAGACCCUUACCCCGGCCCGCAAGCGGGUCUCGCCCGAGAUGCUGGACCUCCUCUCUCGCCUCCGCCAAAAGUGCGCCAUCGGCUACGUGGGCGGGUCGGACCUGAGCAAGCAGGAGGACCAACUGGGCACGGCUGACGUGUCGGUCAAGAAGCUGUUUGACUACUGCUUCCCCGAGAACGGGCUGGCGGCCUUCAAGGGCGGCGAGCCGCUGGCGUCGACGAGCUUCAUCGCCUGGAUCGGCGAGGACCGCUACAAGGAGCUCGUGCGCUUCAUCCUGCACUACGUCGCCGACCUCGAGAUCCCCAUCAAGCGUGGCACUUUUCUCGAGUUCCGAAACGGCAUGAUCAACGUCUCGCCCAUCGGCAGGAACGCCUCUUCCCAGGAGCGCAAGGACUUCAACGCCUACGACAAGGUGCACCAGGUCCGCGCCAAGUUUGUCCAGGCCCUCAAGGAGAAGUUUGCCGACUUUGGCUUGACCUUCUCCAUUGGUGGUGAGAUUUCUUUCGACAUCUUCCCCAAGGGCUGGGACAAGACCUACUGCCUCAACCACCUCGAGGCCGAGGCCAAGAAGGAGGGUGGCGUCGAGUACACCACCAUCCACUUCUUUGGCGACAAGUACAUGGAGGGCGGAAACGACUACGAGAUCUACAGCGACCCCAGGACCAUCGGCCACGCCGUCGACAGCCCCCAGGACACUAUGAACGAGCUCAGGAAGCUCUUUGACCUGUGAGCGACGGGGUGCUACCCAAGGUAGUUGGGGGAACAGAUUGUUGGAAUCAGUUUGCUAUACAAGUAUGGCUCUAAAUUCAUAAAGACAUGAAGUUUUGAUCUUUGUGGACUGUGGGCGCUAUGCAGCACACAUAGAGUGAAGAGCAUGAUGAGAGAAAGCGGAGAGUGAAAAAGAAAAAGACAAUAGAUGUCAGGGCAACUGGCUUCAAGAUAUGAGCAAUAAUUCCAAAGAAAUGAAGACACAUCAUCUCUCUUCACACUUUGUAGGCAAUAAAAGAAAUACCAG